CAUCACACAAGGGGACUGGGUCACUGGCAGAAGAUGGAGAGCUGCCUGGACACACUGCAGGGAGAGUGCGGGGCAUCCUUUGAAUGCAGAAGGCAGGACUGAUGCAACGCUACUGGCCGCAGGGUACCGUUGCAGGCACCCUGCUAGCCACUGGAGGGGCCCUGGACCAGUGAUUGUGUAGCCCUGGGCCCUGUUCCUUUGGUGACGGCAACACCUUAUAGCCCUGAACCUUCUUCCACUGUGUCACUGGCGCAUGGCAGACAUAAGCUUAUUGGUCAUUGUGUUGUAGUACUCCGUCUCAGAUACGAAGACGACUCUUCCGAUUAAUUUUGACAAAAUGAACAAAGAAGCUGCUAAUCUGAUGGAGAAAGCUGAAGCUCCAGAUGUGUUCACUAUAGUCUCAACCUCCAACAAAGAUAACAAGAUGUUGAUCCAUGAGGGUGACAUAGCUGUAGGGAUCGGUCGCAGUGCCAUCAAGUGUGGUGGGGAUACCUGCAGAUGGAGCAAGAACAGCACUGGAACGGUCAUUGUGCCAUAUACCAUCUCUUCUGACUUCAGCUCUGCAGAUGUGUCUGUUAUACACGCUGCCAUGCAGGAAUUUUCUACUCUCACCUGUGUCCUCUUCACCCCAUGGACCUCAGAAGCAGAUUUUCUGCAGAUUAUAUCUGGCACAGGCUGUUGGUCAUCUGUUGGUAAAAUAGGCGGCAGUCAGGCCGUGUCGCUGGGCACUGGGUGUGUGGAACGAGGAACCAUGCAGCAUGAGUUGAACCACGCUCUGGGAUUCUAUCAUGAACAAAGCAGAAGUGACCGUGACAACUACGUUGAUAUAACACUGGAUAACGUCCUACCAGGAACAGAGGGGAACUUUCAGAAGUUUGACACCAAUAACCUGGGCUUGGAAUACGAUUACCUGUCUUUAAUGCACUAUGGAAGGUAUGCGUUCUCUAAGUCCCCUCAGACAGGCCUGGCCACCAUUGUCCCUAAGCCAAAUUCCUCUAAACCGAUUGGACAGAGAUACGGCCUCAGCAGCUUGGAUAUUGCAAAAAUAAACAAGUUGUAUAAUUGCGGAGUCUGCCGGGCCUUAUUGCCGGAUACUAAAGGUUCAGUGACAUCCUCCAACUAUCCCAAUAAUUACCCAAGUAAUAGCAACUGUCUGUGGCUCAUUCGUGUCCCAGCGAAUCAGAUUAUCUUGCAGUUCAGCGCUUUUGACAUUCAGCCCUCCCCAGCCUGUGCCUCUGAUUACCUGCGGAUAUAUGACGGGUACAGCAGGUCAUCUCCUGUAUUACUGGACAGAUCUUGCGGAGCUGGGCAGCCGCCCCCCAUGAUAUCAUCUGGGAAUGCCAUGCUUAUUGAAUUUAAUAGUGAUAAAGUGACUGAGGCAACUGGAUUCAAGGCUUCGUAUAGCACCGUGACGUGUGGAACCAUGCUUAACGGCUCUAUGGGCAGCUUAUCCUCUCCCAACUAUCCCUCUAAUUAUCCCCCCUCAAUGGACUGUACCUGGGUAAUAACAGCCCCAUCUGGGUUCAUGGUGUCCUUAAAUAUGACGGACUUUAGCUUGGAGGUCCAGCGUGGCUGCACGUAUGACUAUCUACUUGUGUUUAAUGGUCUACAGACAACAUCUCCCCUUAUUGGAAAAUAUUGUGGCACAUCCAUUCUGCCCAGUUUCACCUCAUCUGGGAAUUCUCUGCUCCUUCAGUUCCACAGUGAUAAUUUCAUUGGGACCAAAGGUUUCCUGGCCAAGUAUGCCUUCGUGCCACAGAAAUGAGAAAUAUGACCUACCGGAACACAAGAAGAUAGAAAUUAGUGAUAGUGAAUAGUGACUGAAGGCAUUGUGUGAGUGGACACAAUAAGAGGAGAAAAUGGAUGUAUUACAUGGAUGUACCUGCAGAACAUUUGCAAGACCAUCCGCUACUUGUGUUUUCCUGGUCGAAAUCUAAAAAGUCCCUGUUUUUUCCCUCUGUCCUUUGUUUUUUUUAAUCAAAGCCCUAAUGUACAUGAUUCUAAAGAUAAAUGUUACCUCGAAGCUUAGAAAACAGAGAUCCCUCUGUCAUUUCCUUUGUGUUUACAGUCUGCAAAUAAGUUAUAAGAGUGAUAUUACUACUUGGACUGUCGACUACUCCAUACCCCUCUCCUCCCCUUCCCCCUAAGGUUUCUCUGAUAUCAAUUUAGCUACUUUGCUCCGCUUGCUGGCCUGCUCUCUCCCAAUUGGCGCCAGCGGGAGAGCAGUCGAGUCUUUUUCUAGGAUAGCGUCUAGUUUACCUUCGUGGAGAGGACCUUUCCCAUAACCCCCUGGGUCCAUGUCACAAUCUAUUUGGAAUAGUAAAGUUUGACGAGCGAAGUGAGACACCGAGGCGAAGCGUGUCGAGCGAAGCGAGCCCGCGAGGGUCCAAUGCUGCAUAGAAUUUUUUUUUUAACCCAAACGAACGGAGAACGAAGAAAACAUUUAGGUGCUGUAAGGGCAGAAGUUCUCUCUUGCCCUCUCGUUUUGUCACUUCAAGGUCCUAAGCACAAAGGUAACAUAGACACAACCCUUUUUCUAGGCACACAGAGACACAGACGUAAGACUCAGGAGUACACCCCCCUUCCGCCACAACUGUGCGUGUUCAUAAUAAGAAGCAGAUUUAGCUGAGCCCACCCCUGGAUCCCUCUAUCCCUCCACCAACCCUCCUCCUUUGUCUAAAACAAAUCUCCUGUGUCUUGAAGGUUGUCUGUAUUUCAGGGGAUGGAAAGACCGUCAUUAUGGGAUCCAUCUUGCUGUAGUAUGGUGGUCGCUGAAUGCUUGGCGUUGUUUCUUCUGCCACCACACUUCUCUUGUAAUAAAUAUAGGUGACUUUUAUUC